UUUCGAUCUCUAAAAUUAUAAGUUAUACAGCGCGAUCUGGCAACACUGCCUCAGCUGUUUAAUAAUCAAAUUGAUAAGAGUUCUCCUAAUUUCUUUCGGUUGAAGAAGAUUAAAGGUCAGGAACAACUGAUCGAUUGUAUCUUCAAGUGGAAAUUAAUCUGCGAAAUUUUGGGGUUUUGACGGUGAUAAGCAACAUGGAUGUGAAGGAACUGGAAGUAAACAAAACCCUGCCUUUUGACCCAUCCCUGCUGACGGUGAACAUCUCGCUGCGCCAGAUCGAGGAGAUCGCCAUGACGGUGUCUCAGCGCUGCCAUGUCACCGGGCCCAACGAGAUCGCCUGGGCACUCCGAGCUCUGAUGCUGACCGAUCUGACCACCUUGGCCGGCGAUGAUACGGCUGCAAAUGUCCGGAGGCUGUGCCUCCGCGCCUGCUACCCAUUCGAGCCGCAGUUCUUUGACAAGUUCUUCGAUCGAGCCCUCAUCCCCGAGAUGCAUACAGCUGCCGUGUGCGUCUAUCCGGCCAGGGUGAAGGAUGUGUACACAACGCUUCAGCAGUACGGCAAACUGGACAAGGUGGCUAUUGCAGCGGUGGCCACGGGCUUUCCCACCGGCCAGUACGGCCUGCAAACGCGCCUGCAGGAGAUCAGCCACGCCAUCUUGGCCGGCGCCACGGAGAUCGACAUUGUGAUCAAUCGCCAGUUGGCCCUGGUGGGCGACUGGGAGGCCCUGUACAACGAGGUGGUGCUCAUGCGCAGUGCAUGUGGACAGAGGGCUCAUUUGAAAACCAUUCUGGCCAUCGGAGAGCUGGGCACCAUGGAGAAUGUCUACAAGGCAGCCAUGGUUUGCAUGAUGGCAGGAGCGGAUUUCAUUAAGACCUCCACUGGAAAGGAGACCGUCAAUGCUACUCUGCCCGUUGGCCUGGUUAUGAUAUUCGCCAUCCAGGAGUUCAAGCGGCGCACCUGCCAGAUUGUGGGGCUUAAGCCAGCCGGAGGAGUUAAGACUGUGCGAGAUGCGAUUGCCUGGAUGACGCUAGUCAACGAAACCCUGGGCAUCCGCUGGCUGCGUCCCGAGAGGUUCCGUUUUGGAGCGUCCGGUCUAUUGGACGACAUCGAGCGCGUGGUUCGCGAGGGAGUCAAGAAAAUGGAGGAGGAGGAAGCCCUCAAAAACCAGCCCGUUUCUCGCGAGGCUGCUGCCGCCGAGACCUUCUGCAAGGAGCUGCGGAAGAAGAAGGAGGCGGCCCAGUAAGCGGAGCUUUAAUUUAGCCUUUACUCACACGCAGUGCAUUUAUUGUAGCAUUUUUAUACAACUGACUAAAACCUAUAACAUAAAACAAUUCCCAUCUA